AUGACGAACUCUUUCUCAUCUCCAUCAUCUAUACUACUUUUUCGUAAGAAAUUUUGGUUAUGUAGAACUAAGAAGUGUGAGACACGGCAUAUAUAUAAUGUCAUCUUAUUGGUAUUAAUACUGCUUAUUUCCCUCUAUUUUAUCAUACAUCAAGUUUCACUUAAGAGUCAAUCUCCAUAUAGUAAUACCCUGGAAUCUAACUUUCUAGAAUCUAAGUUUCUACAAAAGCCUAGCUUUAGAAGUUUGAAGGCCCAAGGCUCAGAUUACUCUUGUAUCCUUAGUGGUUCUUGUGAUAAUAGUAAUAGUGUCAGUUUUUUAAAUAUCUCUGACUUGGAAUUUUCAAGUCGUAUACCUCUUGCAAAUUGUAGACAUCAGAGUUAUAUAACUAGAUUAAGUGGUAUUUAUGGAAUAAACAUAACUAAUUAUGCAAAUAUAAGCAAUAUCUUGGAUAUUAAAAUGAUAACGUCAUAUUUUCCCUCACUGUCAACUACAAUAAGUGGACAAUUUAUUGAUUAUAAUUCUCCAACUGGAAUAGUUAUGCUCAGAGAAUAUGCAGCAGGAGAGAAACUACUCCCUUAUAUUGGGGAUGCAAAGUACAUGAAUGAAUUUAGGAAUAAAUCACAACAAUACUAUAACUCCCUUGCAGUUUUUCCUGGUUAUAACUCUCUUAGAAUGCAUGGAAUCCUUGGUAUUUUUCCUAAUGCAACUAGACCUUAUGUUUUCCUUGAAAAACCAGGAGCUCUAGAUCUGAAGAAUGAAUCUUUUUUUUUAGAAGAGGGGGGCGGAUUCUACAGACAAUAUUCAGAUUACUUACCACUAGAUAGAAUACCUUUUGAUGGAAGAGAUGAGGUAUGUAAAACAAUCAAUUAUCAAAUUGGCGAUUUUGAGGAUGUUUCCAUUAUAAUAACAUUUUAUAAUGAACCACUUUCAACUUUGCUGAGAUCUAUCCAUUCAAUUUUAAAUACAACUCCUCCACCUCUUUUACGUGAACUGAUAUUGGUUGAUGACUCUUCAGAUAUGAUAGAUUUAGUUCCCGGGGGGUUUUUGGAUGACUAUAUAAAGUUACUUCCUAAGGUUCGUAUUCUGCACUUACAAAAACGACUUGGAAUUGUUGGAGCACGACUACAUGGUAUCAGAUUAGCUGUAGCUCCUAUAUUUGUUAUCCUGGACAGUCAUAUAGAACCAGGACCGAAGUGGCUUGAGCCACAAUUAAAAAGACUCAAAGAAAGUCCAAAUUCAGUAGUGAUGCCCCAAAUUGACUCUAUAAAUCCUGUGAACUUUACUUACAGCACCAGUGCAGGAAUAGGGUGUAGAUUAGGAUUUCGGUAUAGUAUUGUUGAACAAGCAACUUUAACUGGUGAAAUAAGCACUCCAGACCCUAUAGAAUCUCCAGUUAUGGCUGGUGGAUUGUUUGCUAUUAGACGUAGUUUUUUCUGGAAAUUAGGAGGAUAUGAUGAAUACUUCACAUAUUGGGGCGCAGAAAAUAUUGAAUUUAGUCUUAGAAUUUGGUUAUGCGGUGGUAAGCUUGAGUGUGUGCCUUGUUCACGUGUCUAUCAUGUUUUCCGAAAGAAUGGUGUUGGCUACACUUCACAUCCAGACAGCUUGUGGAGAAAUAGGUUGAGAACAGCCAGAGCAUGGUUGGACGAAUUUUAUAUAUUCACUAAAGCACUGUCACCUAAUAAAUCCAUUGACUUAGGUGAUUUCAAUGAAGUGAUACAACUGAAACAGAGAUUACAAUGUAAGCCUUUUAAGUGGUUUCUUGACAAUGUUGCACCAGAAACAUACUUAAAGGACAUAAAUGAAGUUCAAUAUCUGGGUGAAAUUAAGAAUCCAAAUUUAAACAUGUGUAUAGAUACUAUGAGCAAAAGUGAGUCUGGUUCAAAAAUUGGCGUAUUCUUCUGUCAUGGAGAAAAAGGGACUCAAGGUUUUAUUUUUUUGAAGGGAUCUGAGAAGAUUAGACUAAUGUCAAGAGAAAGUUUCUGCAUUAGCGACAGAUUGACAAUGGAGAACUGUGACGAAAUUACAACUAGAUGGAAAUACAAUGAGAAUACAUUGGCACUAACCCACAAAGGCUUAGAUAACUCUACUAAAUGUCUUACAGUACUACCUAACAGUAAUAAGGACUUGAAUCUUCAACUUCUUGAUUGCAAUUACUAUAAGGAGCAACAAUGGAUUUUCGAAAAAUUUGUCCGUAGUGAGUAUUCACCUUUGAAAUUAACUUAUGAAAUAUAA